AGUAAUAUUUAAUGUAUUGUUAUUGUUUAUACUGUGGUUAUGUUCACUUGUUGUUUGAAGCAAAAAACAAUUCUAAAUUAACAAAAUAUUUAGAAAUAUUUAUUGACCGGUGUUAUCAUUAUUUGAAGUUAAAUUAGCUAUGCCUCGGAAAGGAACCAGGAAAGAACCAAAGAAGCAUAAAUCAACAUAUUCCAUACCAAGAGAAUUAUAUAUGAAAGCUUUUGGAGAAAUAAAACAAAUACGAAACGAGGAUGAUGAACAAAUACAGAGUAAAUGUCAUCAAAAUAUUUAUGAAAAGUUUAAAGGUAUUGAAGUUCCAACAUGUAAAGGAAAUUUCUUAGAAGCAGCUAAGCAAGCACUUGAAGAUCGAAACUUCACAACACUCUACUUAAUAAUUUCCAAGGCACUUGGUUUGAGGGAUUCUGUUCUCACUCAACAAAUAUUUGAGUAUUUUUAUACCGGAUUGUCUCAUGAUGAAAAAAUCUUAGAAGCCGAUCGAGAGAGUCUCUUAAAAAUUUUUCUUACGACAGUCAAGCGAAUUGAUGAAAAUGUUUACAAGGAGUAUUUAAAAAAUAUUCAUUCAUUCCAAAUCUCAUCAGAAGAACAUUGUGACCCUGUUAAGAUCGAAAAUAAAUAGGUCUUAAGAUCUCAAAUCAUCAAAUAGGAGAAAUAUGAGCUGUUUAGCUAAAGUUCUUCGAUAUUCUGACUUUGGUGAGCCAGGCAACGUAUUAAAAAUAUAUUCGGAAAAUUUGCCAGCACCUGAAAAGAGUAAACUUCUAGUCAAAGUUCUUCUUGCACCAAUUAAUCCAGCCGACAUUAAUACAAUUCAAGGAAGAUAUCCAGUGAAGCCUGAACUACCUGCAAUUCCUGGCAAUGAAUGUGUAGCUGAAAUUCUCAGUGUUGGCUCUUCUGUUAAAAAUAUAAAAGUAGGUGAUUUGGUAGUUCCAUUUAAAACAGGUUUGGGAGCAUGGAGAACACACGCAAUUUAUGAUGAGGAUGACAUUUUCAAAGUACCUGAAGGAGUUCCACUCCCUGAAGCAGCACAAAUAACAGUGAACCCUUGCACGGCAUUUCGGAUGAUAAAAGACUUCGCUGAUCUUAAGCCUGGUGAUACUGUCAUUCAAAAUGGAGCGAACAGUUCUUGUGGGCAAAAUGUCAUUCAAAUAUGUAAAGCUUUAGAUUUGAAUUGUGUUGGUGUGGUUCGUGAUAGACCUGAAAUAAAUCAACUAGUUGCUUAUCUCAAAAGUCUUGGAGCAUCUGAAAUUUUAACUGAAGAACAAUGUCGAUCAACUCAGUUAUUUAAAUCAAAACAAUUUCGUCGGCCAAAACUAGCUCUCAAUUGUGUCGGCGGUAAAAAUGCUCUUGAAAUGGUGAAGCAUAUGGAUCACGGCGGUAUAAUGGUGACAUAUGGAGGAAUGUCAAGAGAACCAGUUCUAGCAUCAACUUCAUCUCUUAUCUUCAAAGAUAUGCAAUUUCGAGGAUUUUGGAUGACACGAUGGAAGGAACAGACAGGAAGAAGUGAAGAAGCAAAAAAAAUGCUUGAAGAACUUUUUCAAAUGAUUAUAAGUGGAAAAUUAAAAGCACCUGAUCACAAACUUGUAUCAUUCGAAGAAUUCCAAAAAACAACAGAAAAUGCAUUGAACCUUAAAGGAUUUUCUGGAACAAAGAUUAUGCUUGAUUUUAGGACAUAAAUAAAUUUAUUUUUACUUAUAUAUGAAGAUAUGUUGGAGAAUUAAAUAAAACUAAUGUCAAGAUAAACUCAUGCUUUGAUCAUUUAGACAACUUGUUGUGUUUUUCCUUAAUAUUGGAACAAGCGGCGGUGGUUCUGAUGAUGAAAAUCUUUUUGAAACAGUUGGUUUGUCAAAGAAAAUUAAUGGUGGUGGUUCGGUGCGAGAAGGAAAAUCAUGAAAAUUUGAGCAACUUUGUUGUGAUAUUGAAACAUUUUUCUGUUUCUCACGAACAUCGUAGUUGAUAACAAAGUUGAUCAUUCCAUCAUCGAUGCAAUGUGAAACUUGUUGGAGAAACUGAAUAGGCCGACGAAGAUGAAUGUUCGCUUUAAUCCAAUUAUGUGUUGCUGUUUCUAAUAUCAUUUUUUGAAGUUUCUGAACUUUUUUUAAAGUCACAACAGAUUUUGAUUUCUUAGUGAGUUUCAUCACAGCUUUCAGCAUUUGUUUGUUGAUAACUUCCAGAAGAUGUUUUUGUUUCAAC